UCUAGUUCUCCGCCACAGCCACUAUAACGUGUGAUGAUUGUCGCCUCUGUGCAUGCACACCGUUGCUAUACAUGGAGAUGGAUCUUCACCGCAAUUUAUCAGCCUGGAUCCCUGCGCAAGCUUCCUUUUCAGAACGCAUCCCACCACAUGUUGCUUUCCAACUGUUGGAUGAUUGGACCGGUGUCACCGAUCCGAAGAGAAGGAAGAGAGUGCAGAAUCGCUUGAACCAGAGAGAGCGCCGUAAAUUCCACCCUUUCUUUGUCAGUAUGAGUGACUUACUCCUAGUUCUAGGUCAGCGCCAACGAUCCGCCUUGAAAAUCCUAGGGAGUCAAGACCAACUGACAAGAGCACCUACAACGAGUGUCGGCAACUGUAUUACCGACUUCGCAUGUAUGAAGGAUCUAUACAUGCUUGGAAUUUAUUCAGAACCGGCAAAAUGGAUCCUUCGUCUACUAGAACGCAUAACUUAUGAUCACUACGCAACCGGUUCCCCUAGCACGGAGCUUCUUCUAGGCCUGACUCAACUAAACUUGAUCCGGGCUCUAAUGUUCAAUAUUGAUAUCCUGGGGUAUACACAGACCCAGAUGCACAAUGACGCUUUGUCUCCUUUCUGCAUUGCUGGCCCUUCACAGGUUGGCGAUGAAAUAGUUUCCUCCCCUCCUAGCCUACAGCCGACUGCACUCCAGCGUUCCACUCCACAUCACCCAUGGCUUGAUCUAUUCCCUAUUCCACAAAUGCGCGAUAAUUUGAUUACCCUUGAGUCCUUUGUGGAUGAAUACGGGCUCUGCGAAGACUUGUGCAGAUCGAUAGAAGGAACUGCAGGCAUUCUAGUUUGGAAAGAUUCUUGGGAUCCUACUGGCUGGGAGGUAACAAGUUCCUUUGCAUCUGCAUGGGGCUUGACAAUCAAGGGUUGUUGGGAUCUGUUUCAAUCUACGAACUAUUGGCGCGUGAAGCGUGGAGAGAAACCAUUGUUCCGUAUUCCACCUUUUUCACCUCUCUCAUGAUGUUAUUACGCCAGUCGUGAGUAGAACAUAUAUAUGUGUGAAAAAAUAGCAAAUGGAUCCUCUUAAAAUUCGGGUUUGGGAGAUAACACCAAAGAGUAUGAUAGUGAUGCUGGUUUUGGAAACCCUGUAUCAAUGGUAGAAAUUGUCAUCAGCGGGAGGAGCGGUCAUCGUUCGACGUGGCAGAGUUGCAGUCACAUAGAGCAGCCCGAAGCUUCAUGUCACCCAAAAGUACUCAAAUGGAAAUA